UUAUCCAAUCGAUCGAUAAUCCGAUUUUCGCCGUUAUAGUGUCGAAAUGCUCGAUUUUAAAUCGCGAACUUUCUAGCGAUCGAAAUACGAUUUUAGCCGAAACGGGAUGUUACACUUGGGUUAUCGUGAAGGGUCCCGACCACCUCGAACGAAGGUUGCUCGGAAAGAGUUUUAGGCGUGCAUUAAAGAGAAAAACACGGUCACCUACCUGAAACUCCUUCGGACCCUUCAACCGAGUGUCGUGGAGAUGCUUCGUUCGCUCCUUGUAGAGCAGGGUGUUCUCGUAGGCGUGGAAACGCCAUUCCUCAACCUCCAGCAGUUGUAGCAUACAUUCUGUACCUACAACACUCAAAUCUAGAUUUAGCAGCUUAAGGGCCCAGAAGGACUUGUGCUUUAGCUCUAUUGGCAAAUGAUAAGCCUUCCCAUAGACAAUCCUAUAUGGUGAAGUACCAAUCAGGGUUUUGUAGGCUGUCAUAUAUGUCUAAAGAGCAUCAUCGAGCUUGGUGGACCAAUCUUUUCGGGACUGAUCCACCGUAUUUUCAAUUAUUCUCUUAAGCUCCUAGUUCGUCAGCUCGGCUUGACCAUUCGCCUGGGGAUGGUAAGCCACCAUAACGAGAGAGGAUCUUAGUGAAUUUCCCUUGAAAAUGGGUCCCCCUAUCACUUAUGAUGGCGCGAGGUGUCCCGAACCGGGAGAACAUCUGCUCCUCAAAUGAGCAGACCCGUCUUGCAUCAUUGGUGGGCAUGGCUUGAGCUUCUGCCCACUUCGAGACGUAUUCUACCGCAACAAAUAUGUACAAAUUACUGAAAUAUGGAGGGAAUGGCCUAUGAAAUCGAUGCCCCAAACAUAAAAAUUUUCACAAACAACAGAUAUAUAUUGGGGCAUCUCAUCCCGGGAAGAAAUGUUACCUAACCUCUGGCAGCGGUCGCACUGUCGUACGAAGGUGUCUGCAUCCUGGAAGAGCGAGGGCCAGUAGAAGCCCGACUGUAGCACCUUCCGUGCCGUGCGGUUUCCUCUAUGAUGACCGCCGGUAGGUCCCUCGGGGCAUUAAGACAGGAUGUCUCCCAUCUCAUGCUCCAUAACGCAGCGCCGGAUCACGCCAUCUGCUCUGAUCCUGAAGAGGUAAGGAUCCUCCCAGAAAUAAUGCUUCAGGUCAGAGAAGAACUUGCACUUUGCAUGUGUGGCGAUCCCCUUAGGAACCUGUUUUCCCACCACAUAAUUGGCAAAGUCAGAAUACCAAGGGGUAACACUCUCGACCAAGGUCAUCACCAGCAAUCGCUCACCCGGGAAGGAGUCAUUGAUAUCUUCCACGAAGUUGUCCACCGGAGGGGCUUCCAACCGUGAAAGAUAAUCUGUAGCAACAUUUUCGAAUCCCUUCCUGUUGACUCGCUAUGACAUAACUCCUAACAAUGGCCAAGUGUAACCAAUGAAAGGGACUGCAGUAUAGUGGCUCAAGUAAUAAAUAUCGAAUCCACUAGUAUGAUUCCCCCUAGCCACUAGCCAAAUUCAUGAUUGAUGAUUUCUAACUUGUUUCACUUUCAUUCACAAUGCGGAGAAUCCUUGACUAUACCUUGAAUCUCGACUAAAGGAUCAAGGCCCUCUUGAGUCGAUUGCCUAGAGGGACGUAUCCUUCUCUAGAACAACCGAUCAAGGUGUUCUGAACUAGACUCCCUCUAUCGAAUGAGGUUCUCAAUCGAUACAAUACUAUCAACCCUCGACUAAAGCAAUCGAUCCAAUACUAUCAAUAUAUGGUGCUCUAUUGACCUAAUCAGGUAUUCGCUCUCAUAGGAUCAAAGCAGAAUCAAUAAUCUCGACUAAAGCAUAACUGAAUCAUGAAAACGUGCAUAGAUUGAAUAUGAACUCAAGAUUAUCAAGUAGGAGUACUCAUACAAAUAUCCAAUGAAACAAACAUAGCUAGGGUUCCUCAAAACCUGCAGUAAGAAUCUUCAGAUGAUCAGUCUUUAAGUCCGGGCUUGUUCCUCGAGCUUCCAAGGCAAAGAAAUCCUCCAAUUCCACUCUUAGAAUGCCCUCAAAUCGCCCUCUCUCUCAUUGGUUCGUCCCUUGGGUGUUUGGGAUCCAAAACCCAGCUCUCUCUUGCAAAAAUGCACAAAAAAGGCUUUUAACAGCCUGCGUUCGCGAUCCCCGGUCAGAAUACCCGGUCGGGUAUUUAGAGAACCAGUCGGGUAUCAACAAAAUGCUCCGGGUCACUCUUCUGGGCAAGAGGGAAAAUACCCGGUCGGGUAUUUUUGGUUCACGACAGGGGGACCUUCUGAUGCUGCCAAAAAUACCCUAUCAGAUGGUCAAAAUACCCGGUAGGGUAUUAUGGUCGGGUAUUUUGCAGUUCCGGGUCCCCUAUCUUUGAUUCUUCGUUUCUCCCUGGUUCGGACUCCAAAUCAAGUACCGUUUGAUCCCAGACGCUCGUAGUCUCAUCCUCUUUCUUUUCAUGGAAAGAUUGCAUGAUUAUAUGGUCACAAACUGAGGUAUAAAUCCAUUCUUCUUCAAGUCAUACCCGAGUUUCUUCCCCCGAGUCGCCAAUUGAUCUCCGAUUGACUUGAAACUUGCGCCUAGGCUUCACUUUAUGUGCUAGGACCUAAAAUGUGAUAAAGGAACACAACCUAGCAUAAAAUAGGCCAAAGAAGCGAUAAUGCAAGCUUAAAAGAUCAAGAAACAAAGGGGAAAACAUGUGCAAAUAUCGAGUCAUCAAAUCCCCCCACAAACCGUUUGCUUGUCCACAAGCAAACCUAACUCAAACCAAUGCAGCUCUCAAGAACUCUAUAGCAACAUGCACCCUCGAUCGUUGAUAGAGGAUUUUCUAGAUCAUUUAGCAGCUAACAAGGUCAACCGACGCAUAAGUCAUCUCAUAGCUUCUUCGGCGAGAACGCUAGUCUCGAGUUGGCAUCAUGGCAAAUAGUGAUCCGAGGACAAAUGAAUCGUGGACGAAUGGACUAUCAAAAACAAAAGAUCAUGGACUCUCAUUUUUAAGGUGCUCUAUUUUCUUCUUGGAGAUGGUUGGAACACCUUUUCUUUCUUUGUUUUCCCUUGUUUUUCUGUUUUUCAGAAAAUGGGGGCUCUCACCUAGCAGAGGUUUUGCGGGAGCCCGGCUCUUACCGGCCAUGCCAGGAGAGGAUGUCUCGAGCCUCGUGCGGAGGAAAGAUAUGUAAGAGGGCUGGAGGUCGUAGGUGGAAAUUGGGAACGGAUUCCCAUCUCCCCUUACACACUUUCGCCCUAUUCGCACGGGAGACGUUAUUUUAAAACACAUUUUCGAGCACCAUUUAUUUCAAAACAUUAUACAAGAGUCCAUGACGGGUAGAGAGUUCACAACACCACACAAUUCAAGGUUCCUAAGAUCACUAAUUCACACAAUCAACCAACACAAAUAUGAAGAAGAAAGGAGACUUCUUAAAUGCAUCAACAUCCUCCAUAGUGCUACACUACCUCCCUAGGUUGCACAUUACUAUAGAGACUGUCAAUUCAAAGCAUACUAAACAGGCAAUUGCAAGGAACACGUACUUGGAGCCCUCAAAUUUAAAAAUUUGGACAGUGGACUAGGCUCCAAGCGCACAAACAGAUCUAAGCAUUCACACGCAUACAUAAUCGAACACCCCCCACACUUAAGCACGACAUUGUCCUCAAUGGAGAAAAGAUAAGAAGUUGACACGCCAAAACAUAACACCAAACUGCGACCAAGUGUAAUCGCAGUCCGGGAAUGCAGUAAAAUGGCAAGUUCUAUUAUCAACUCGGGGUCUAGAUCUACUGCUUACUCCGUGAUUAUCUAUUAUCUAGCCAACUAAGUUAAGUGUUUUUUGUUUUAAGCAAAAGCAUAAAGAAAGCAGGAAUUGGUACGGUUUUCUCAAGCAAAGAAGAGUCACUCGGGAAUGAGUCCCCCUAGCUCCUUAGUUAGGUCUCAAUUGUAAUUUCCCUGGGUUUAUUUACUGUUGAUUAGACUGCGGUAGCUUGGAAUCUCUUAAGCUGACCAAGCCCUCUCAGUCUAACUACCCAGCAGACGACUAGUCUUCACCGGGAUAGAAAGCUGAAGCAAUAAGCACAGAACUCCACUACUAGAAUUGAAUUCCAGUACAAAGCAGUAAACUGGCUAACUCUCGUAUAGCCAAUCUCCUACUACCGAAUGAUGAGGCUCUAACAACCAAAUCAGAUUCUAUCUAUCUUAGGUUGCAGCAGAAAUCAGGAAAAGCUUAUCAGACUUCAAUUGACUCAAUAAACAUGCAUCAUUCGA